UUUUUUUUUUCUUCCAUCAUCCUGUAAUAAAAAAAAAACAAAAACAAACUAUAAAUACGAUGCCCGGUGAAGCCAUGUUAUUCCUGUUUGCGGUUAUUAUCGCUGCACUACUUUUAUUCCUGAUGGUCUUUUUCGUUAUCAUGUUCUCUGAUUUGGAAUGUGACUAUAUCAAUCCCAUCGAUCUUUGCAACAAACUCAACCAGUUUGUUUUACCGGAAAUGGGCACACACGCGUUCUUGUUUUUCUUGUUCUUGAUUUACGGAAGUUGGAUAGCCAUGUUACUCAAUCUACCACUUGUUGUCUACAAUAUUCAAAAAGUCACUUCGAAUCGACAUAUGUAUGAUGCUACCGAGAUUUUCCGUACUCUGUCGGCCCAUAAGAAGGAAUGCUUUAUCAAACUAGGAUUCUAUCUAAUUAUGUUCUUCUACUUUUUGUAUCGUAUGAUUGUCGCCUUGAUUGCCGCCGAUUCUUGAUCAACAAAACGACAACAAAUCAUGGAUGAUUACCUCAAAACUUUGGAAACUAGGAUGAUUCUUCUUAUGUCAUUGUAGUGUUGUUGAUUAUUAUUUUUUACACUUCUUGUUUAUUGUACAUCAUUCUCUCCCUCUCUUUUAUAUAUACGCAAUCAAUAAAAAUAAACAUACAAACAUGA